AUGGACAGAGAGUCGGCCUGGUCGACGCUUUCGGGCGUCGGCCCGCUGCUGCACGAGGCAUGCGGCAUCAAGUUCUCCUUCUACACCAAGCGUGAAGUGGAGCGCUUGUCAGUGUGCAAAGUGACCUCGUCGCGACAGCGCGACGUGAUGAACCGACCGCUGGCCAACGGGCUGUACGACGCACGCAUGGGUCCGACCGACAACUGGGACACCUGUGUCACCUGCGGCCUCGAGUACGGCCUCUGUCCAGGCCACUUUGGGCACAUCGAUCUGCCGCUGCCGACCUACACGCACCUGCUCUUCCCGCUCCUCCACCAGCUCCUGCGAUGCGCGUGCUCGGCGUGCCACCACUUCCGUGCACCGCGUGCUCGUCUCGAGCCGUACGCCGCCGCGCUGCGCCUCCUCGAUGCCGGCCUCCUCACCGAUGCUGCCGCGGUGCUCGAAUCCGCCGCCGUGGUCAGCGGCAACUCCAAGCUGGGCAACAACCAGCAGCGGGCGGCUGGCGAGGCGCGCCUCGCCUCGCGAACGGCGAGAGGCUCUUGCCCCGCGUGCGUGCCUCCGACUCUGCGCCUCUCGCGCCUCUCAGGUGGCGGAGGAGUCGGAGGGCGCGUGGAUGAGCGGCGUCUCGGCGGCAGGGCGUCGAACAAGUGCACGCGGUGCGGUCGUGCCUCGGGCAGCCUCAAGGCGCGCGGCGGGCAAGUCUUCUUCCUCCUCGCACCUCUCCUGAGCCUGCUCCGAACUUUCCCCAGCUCCCGCCGAUCGACGCGGAACGGGAGCGUGGCGGCGGCCGCCGCCGCCGCGUCGGCGGUGGCCGCCAAUCGCACUGAGGGCAGCGACAACGACGACGACGACGAGGAGGAGGACGACGAGGAGGCGGAGGAGGUGGACGAGGCGGCGGCAGAGGCGAUGGAGGUGGACGAGGCGACGGCGGAGCGCGGCACGUCGCAGGUGGGCAAGUCCCUCUUCCUCAACCCGACGGAUGCGCGCGAGCGGAUGGCGGCGCUGUGGGAGGCCGAGUCGCAGCUGCUCGGCCAGCUCUACCCAUCGCUCGACGCCGACUCCUUCUUUCAGGAAUUUGUCAUCGUGCCGCCCAACCGGUUCCGGCCGCCGGCAAAGGUGGGCGACCAGCUGUUCGACCACUCGCAGAACGUCUUCCUCAACAAGGUCCUCACCGCGAUCGAGACGCUGCACCGCAUCAAGCAGCAAAAGGCCGACCAGGAUGCGGCGGCGGCGGGCGGGCAGACGGCGGGCGGUGGGAACGGGUACGGCCCGAUGACGGACCAGCGAAUGAUGGAUCGGUACCUCUCCGCGUGGGACGAGAUGAGCUUGGGUGUGGCGUCGAUGGUUGACUCCACCGCUGGCGGCGGCAAGGCCGACGAGAAGGACGCGCAGGGCGUCAAGCAGAUGCUCGAGCGAAAGGCGCGCCGCUCCUGCUCCUGCUCCCGCUCCCUCUCCCGGCUGAGAGGGCGGGCGACUGGAUGGGCGGGCGGCGUCCCGCUGCACUUCGCGACCGAGCUCACCUUCCCCGAGCCCGUCACGCCGUGGAACGUACUGCGCCGCGCGGUCGUCAACGGCCCGCACGAGCACCCGGGCGCGAACUUUGUCCAAGACGCGGACGGCGCGAUGAUCGAUUUGCGCCGCCGCUCCAGGCCGCAGCGCGUCGCCAUCGCCGCCAGGUUGCUCGCCGACGCCGACGGCGGCGGCGGCAGCGUGGCCGGAGGGGAGCUGGGGGGGGCGCAGCUCCUCUCGCCGUCGCUCGGGGGCGGCCUGGCGGCCAUGACGCCAAAGAAGGCGGCCGCCGCCGCGGGCAUUCCCGGCAUCACGCCGGGCAGCGGCGUCCCGCCUUCGGCCGGCCUCGGCCGGUCGCACGUCACGGGCGGCGUCAAGAAGGUCUGGCGGCACCUCGUGAGCGGCGACGCGAUGCUCGUCAACCGGCAGCCCACGCUGCACAAGCCGGGCAUCAUGGCGCACUCGGCGCGCGUGCUGCGCAACGAGAAGGUGAUCCGGAUGCACUAUGCCAACUGCAACACGUACAAUGCCGACUUCGACGGCGACGAGAUGAACCUGCACCUCUGCCAGUCCCACCUCGCGCGCGCCGAGGCAUACCACAUCGCCGCCACCGACCACCAGUACAUCGUGCCGACCAACGGCCGCCCGCUGCGGGGGCUCAUCCAGGACCACGUCGUGAUGGGGGUGCUGCUGACCAAGCGCGACACCUUCCUCACCAAGUCGCAGUACAUGCAGCUCCUCUUCCUCGCCGGCGUCGACCUCUCGCGCGGCGGCGGCACCUUCGUCACGAUGCCGCCCACGAUCCUCAAGCCCGCGCCGCUCUGGACGGGCAAGCAGGUCAUCUCGACGCUGCUCCGCCACCUCGGCGCGGGCGCGCUCAACUGCGCCUUCAAGGCGAAGACGGCGGGCGACACCUGGGCGCGCCCGAGCUGCGCCGGCUACGCCGGCACGGGCGAGCCGGAGGAGAACGCCGUGCAGAUCCUGGACGGCGAGCUUCUCACCGGCGUGCUCGACAAGGCCGCCUUCGGCGCGACCGAGUUCGGGCUGGUGCACUCGGUGCACGAGCUGCUCGGUGGCGAGCCCGCGGGGCAGCUCCUCUCGCAGCUGGGCCGCCUCCUCACCGGCUAUGAGCAGAUGCACGGCCACACCUGCGGCAUCGGCGACGUGAUGCUCACGCCCGCGGCGGACGAGCGGCGGCGCCGACUACACGCCACCGCCGACGGGUGCGGCGUCUCGGCCGCCGAGAGCUUCGGCAAGCUGGCGCCGGGCGCGCUGGCGGCCGCCGCGGCGGCGGGCGCGGGCGGCAGCGGCAGCGGCGGCGGCGUGGCUCGCGCGGCGUUUCGGCAGCUGCUCGCGGAGAAGCUGACCGAGGCGGACAAGGGCGACGAGGCGGGCGCCGCGCUCGACUCUGCGAUGAAGCAGGCGCUGCUUCCGCUGGCGUCGGAGGUUGGCGCCGCUUGCCUGCCCUCGGGCAUGGCGGUGCCCUUCCCGCGCAACCAGUUCGCCAUCAUGACGCAGACCGGCGCGAAGGGCUCGCAGGUCAACUUCUCGCAGAUUGCGGUCAUGCUCGGGCAGCAGGAGCUCGAGGGGCGGCGCGUACCCAUCGGGCCCUCGGGCGCGACUGCGCCGUGCUUCGCCCCGUUCGAGCUCUCCGCGCGCGCCGGCGGCUACAUCACGGACCGCUUCCUCACCGGCGUGCGGCCGCCCGAGUUUUACUUCCACUGCAUGGCGGGGCGCGAGGGCCUCGUCGACACGGCCGUCAAGACGUCGCGCUCGGGCUACCUGCAGCGCUGCCUGAUCAAGCACCUCGAGCCGCUGCAGGUCGCUUACGACCACACGGUGCGCAACGUCGUCGACGGCUCCGUCGUCUCCUUCGUCGCGGGCGAGGACGGCCUCGACCCGACGCGCGUCGCCUUCUUCGGCAACCAGCCCUUCCUCGCGGCGAACGCGCACGCGCUGCGCGCCAAGUGGACCCCGCGCCACGUGCCGGCGGCCUCAGCCGGCCGCCUCGACGCGGCGGCGGCGCACAAGCGGCACGCGGCGCGCCUCGCCACCCCGCCGGAGAAGCGGCCGAUCCUCCUCGAGCGGGCCUCGCCGGCGGCGUGCCUCGGCAACACCUCGCUCGCCUUUGAGGAGUCGAUGGAGGACUUCCUUGCGCGCGCGGCCAAGGACCCCGCCUCCGCCGUCGCGGCGGGCCGCCCUGCGCCAGCGGCGGACGUGUGGCGCGAGGUGGUGUGGCACAAGUACCUCGACUCGCUCUCUCCGCCCGGCGAGGCGGUCGGCCUGCUCGCGGCGCAGUCCGUCGGCGAGCCUUCGACGCAGAUGACCCUCAACACCUUCCACCUGGCGGGCAGCGGCCUCGCCCACGCGGGCACCGGCCUCGCCAACGUAACUCUGGGCAUCCCUCGGCUGCGCGAGGUGAUCAUGGUUGCGUCGCGCAAGCCGUCCACGCCCCUGAUGACCCUCUCGCUCCUCGAGGCGGUUCAGUCUGCCGGCGGCGCCGACGCGGCGGCGCAGGAGGUGCGGCACCGCCUCGAGCGCGUCACUUUCGCAGAGGUGCUGCAGCGCGUGACCGCCGAGGAGCGGCUGCGGCCCGAGGCGGCCCCCGCGGGCGGCAGCGCCGCGGAGUACAGCCGGCGCGUGCGCCUCACCCUCCACUUCGACCCGGCCGCGGCCGGCGUGCAGCGCGUGGAGCUGCUGCUGCCGCUGGUCGAGCAGCUGCUCCCAUCGCUCAAGCGGGCGAUGGCAAAGCACGCCGCAGCCGCCUCCAAGGGGCGAAAGGCGGUGACGAGUCGCGCCGCGCGGCGGGAAGCUGCGCCGGCCGCGGCGGGCGGAGGCGAUGAAGAUGGCGGGGCUGCUGGAGGCGAAGGCGGCGAGGGCGAGCGCCGUGGGCGCAGCGGGGACGACGACGGGGGCGGCGACGGCGACGGCGGCGGCGGCGGCGACGACGACGACGACGACGCGCGCGCAGCGGCGCGCGCGGCGCGGCGCUCGAGCGCCGACUACGACGACGAGGAGGACGGUGGUGAGAGCGGUCGUGCGUCGUCGCCGACGGGCGAGGAGGGCGAGGAGGGCGACGAGGAGGAGGCCGAGGGUGCGGCGGCUGGCAGCGGCGGUGGUGCAUCGGGCGGUCGGUCGGCCGCAGCUGCGGCAGAGGAGGCGUCGGCCGAGAGGGCUUUUGUGACGCGCCUCGACGCGCUCUGCCGACCGGGAGGCUCCCUGGUGGGCGCCGGCGUCGCGAGCGACGGGUUGUCGGGAUGGAUCGACUGCCGGAUGCCGGCGCGCACCGCGCGGCUGCAGCUGGUGCCGCUCGUCGAGGAGCUCGCGCCAAAGGUGGUGGUGCGACACACCGAGGGCAUCACUUCGGCGGUGGUGCUCCCGCCGCCAAAGGGCUCGAAAGCGCCGGUCAUCCAGACGGCGGGCGUCAACUUUGGCGCGCUCGCGUCGAGCCGGGCGAUGGCUGCCGUGGUCGACCUGAACAAGGUCCGAUCCAACGAUAUCUACGCCGUGCUCUGCACUUUUGGCGUCGAGGCGGCGCGCGCCACCAUCGUCUCCGAGAUCAAGUCGGUCUUCGGCGUGUACGGCAUCAAGGUUGACCCUCGCCACCUCGCGCUCAUCGGCGACUACAUGACGCACGAGGGCGGCUACACGCCGCUCAACCGCUCUGGCAUGGAGACGCACGUGUCGCCGCUGCUCAAGAUGACGUUCGAGACGACGACGCACUUUCUCACCCAGGCCGCCACGCACGGCGACCCCGACCCGCUCACCGCGCCGUCCGCCGCCAUCGUGCUGGGCAAGCCCGUCUCGUGCGGCACGGGCGCCUUUGGGCUGCGAGCCAAUCUGGCCGCGUCGUGCCGGCAAUGA